UGUGUAACAGUGUGCUGACCUUGUUGGGCGUUGCGAUUGGCUUACGAAACGUCGGCUGAUUUCGAAGUUACUCCAAUAUGAAUGUUCGUUCAUUCUUAAUCUUCGUGGUAAAGCGUUCGGCCACUUGUUGAUUCUUUAAAUUAUAUUACAAAGAAGAAAUAAUACAUCAUUUUUGAAAAAUUAUAAUGAGUAAACCAAGUGCUGAUAUUGCCCUUAUUGGGUUGGCUGUUAUGGGUCAAAAUUUGAUCCUAAAUAUGAAUGAUCAUGGAUUUGUUGUAUGUGCCUACAAUCGUACAACAGAUAAAGUUAAAUCUUUUUUGGAAAAUGAAGCCAAAAAUACAAAAGUUAUUGGUGCAUAUACAUUGAAAGAAAUGGUAGACAAAUUAAAAUCACCAAAAAGAGUAAUGCUUUUGGUAAAAGCUGGUGCAGCUGUGGAUGCAUUUAUUGAACAAUUGAUACCUUUAUUAUCCUCUGGAGAUAUUAUCAUUGAUGGUGGUAAUUCUGAAUAUCAAGAUACUGAUAGACGAACUAAAGAGUUAGAAAAAAAAGGAAUUUUGUUUGUUGGUAGUGGUGUUAGUGGAGGAGAAGAUGGUGCUAGAUAUGGACCAUCUUUGAUGCCAGGUGGUAAUCCUAAAGCUUGGCCACAUAUUAAACCCAUUUUUCAGUCAAUCUGUGCAAAAGUCAAUGGAGAACCUUGUUGUGACUGGGUUGGAGAAACAGGUGCAGGACAUUUUGUAAAAAUGGUACACAAUGGCAUAGAGUAUGGCGAUAUGCAACUUAUUUGUGAAGCAUAUCACAUUAUGCGUAAUGGUUUAAAACUUAAUCCAGAAGAAAUGAGUCAAGUGUUUGAUGAUUGGAAUAAAGGAGAACUUGAUUCAUUUUUAAUUGAAAUUACUCGAGAUAUUCUUAAGUACAAGGAUGAAAAAGGAUAUUUAUUAGAACAAAUUAGGGAUACAGCUGGUCAAAAAGGAACUGGAAAAUGGACAGCUAUUGCAGCAUUAGAUUAUGGAGUACCUGUAACUUUAAUAGGAGAAUCAGUUUUUUCUAGGUGCCUUUCUGCUUUACAAAGUGAAAGAAUAGAAGCAAGUUCAGUAUUAAAAGGUCCUGAUGCUAUAUAUCAAGGUGACAAAAAACAAUUCCUAGAACAUUUGAAAAAAGCUCUUUAUGCCUCCAAAAUUAUUUCCUAUGCACAAGGUUUUAUGCUAUUACGGGAGGCUGCAAAAAUUCAUAACUGGAAUUUGAAUUAUGGUGGUAUAGCUCUUAUGUGGAGAGGAGGAUGUAUUAUAAGAAGUGUCUUUUUGGGCAAUAUAAAAGCAGCAUUUGAAAAGAAUCCAAAACUUUCUAAUUUAUUAUUGGAUGAUUUCUUUACUAAAGCAAUGACAGAAUGUCAAGCUAGUGCUAGAAUAGUAGUAUCCACAGCUGUAACAUUAGGCAUACCAACUCCAGCAUUAUCAACUGCUUUAGCUUUUUAUGAUGGUUAUAGAACUGCACGACUUCCAGCAAAUUUACUUCAAGCUCAACGAGAUUAUUUUGGAGCUCAUACUUAUGAAUUACUUGGUCAAGAAGGAAAAUUUGUACAUACCAAUUGGACUGGACAUGGUGGAAAUGUAUCUGCUUCUACAUAUGAUGUUUAAUAAUUAUGAUUAUAAUUUUUAAUAACAAAAUGUAUAUAUAGUUAAUAUUAUAUAUGAUAAAUGUUAUUAUAUAUAUAUAU